UCACAAAAAAAAUCCCCUUCGUUUUCUUGCCUUUGAAUCUUACCUUUUUUUUUUAAUAGAAAAAAGUAUAAUUUCCCUUAUUAGCUGCCAACUCACGCAACUAUUCUCUCUUUUUUACCCUUCCAAAACUUCAUCCUCUUCCUUCACUUCUUCUAUCUCCCCACCACAUACACUCCAGAAGAGAGAAAACAACAAUCUUGAAGAGAGAGAAAAUCAUGGCGGCAACUGUUUCAUCGGUUUGGGCCAAGCCAGGAGCUUGGGCCUUAGAUUCAGAAGAACACGAAGAUGAACUCAACCAGCCCAUCAUGGCCCAAACCCAAAAACCCGAACCACCAGCUUCCGAUUUCCCUUCUUUAGCCGCCGCAUCAGUAGCCAAGCCGAAGAAAAAGAACAAGGCUCAAACUCUUUCUUUAGCCGAGUUCACAACUUACGGCUCAACUCCUAAGCCGGCUUCAUCUUCAGUCCCAAAACGGCUAACUCAAGAUGAGCUUCUGAUGCUUCCGACUGGGCCACGUGAAAGAACCGCUGAGGAGCUUGAGCGUCCUCGGCUCGGCGGCGGCUUCAGAAAUUACGGCGGCGGAAUGGGUGAUAAUUCUAGGGUUAGGGUUUCUGAUAGAAAUUCUAAUAGAGAAAGUUUUAUGGGCUCUUCACGGGCCGAUGAUGUUGAUGAUUGGUCUAAAGAGAAGAAGUUUAGUUCUUUCGGUGGUGGGCCGUCGUCUGAUAGGAGAGAGAAAGUUGGGUUUUUCAAUUCUAGUAGGGCUGAUGAGGUUGAUAAUUGGGCUUCUAAUAAGAGCUUUGUUGCUGCUCCAGUAAGAGAGAGAAGAAUGGGCUUUGAAUCUUAUUCUAAUGGGUCAGGCCCGGAUUCGGAUACCUGGUCCAGGAAGAGAGAUGAUAGAAGUGGUAAUGGUGGUGGUGUUGAGGGUGAUACAUGGGGAAAGAGAGAGAGUAAUGGGAAUGGAAGUGGAAGUGGAAGGCCGAGGUUGAAUUUGCAGCCUAGGACUUUACCUGUUGUGAGUGGUAAUAAUGGAGGGGAGAGUAAUGCUGCUGAUGGGAAGUCGAAAGGGGCGAAUCCAUUCGGCGAGGCGAGGCCUACAGAGACAAGGAUUUUGCCUGUUGUGAGUGGUAAUGAUGGAGGGCAGAGUAGCCCUAUUGAAGCUAAGCCGAGAGGGGCGAAUCCGUUUGGGGAGGCGAGGCCUAGGGAGGAGGUGUUGGCGGAGAAAGGGAAGGAUUGGAAGGAAAUUGAUGAGAAAUUGGAGGCUGUUAAGAUUAAGGAGGUGGGUAGUGGUGAGAAGGGUGAAGGUUUAGGGUGGAGAAGGGGUUUUGGGACUGGGGAGGAGAAGACUGUUAAGACUUGGAGGAAGCCGGAAUCGACUGAUGCUGUAUCUUCUCCAUCUGGCUCUAGUGCGGAUACAACAGAAAAUAGCGCCAACACAACUGAGAGUAUUGCUGAGAGCGCUGAGAAAGUUUCAGAAGAGAAUUGAAGGUGACAACAAUGGAAUCGCAAAGUGGGAAGAUGAUUUGUGUUCUAUUGAGAUUAAAAUUUUGAUAGCUGUCUGAUUUUAGCUAGGUACAUUUUAGGGCCUUAAACUGAUAGGCCAUAAUAGUGGUGUCUUUUUUUUGGUAGCUUAUUGAACUUCAAGUGUUCAUGUUUGUUUAAACUUACAAUUUAACUACAGUUUUGUUGCUUUUGCUUGGAAGUAUAUGUGGCUGCCCAGAAAAUUAUUUUUUUGUGUAAUAGUGAGCUAUUGUUAUAAAAGGAAGCCAAUAAACAGGCUAAGGUGGUUGUUGCUGUGUCAACGUUUAUUACUUAAUCUCUAAGUAUUAUUCUGGUUGA